CGCGCGGUCCUCCGCCAGGCUAAGGGAUCGCCAAAGAAGUUCAACGACGUGCUGCGGGUGAUCCGAGGGUGCUCCGUGUCGGACGCUCUGGUGCAGUGCGCGCUGUCGCCGAAGAAGUACGCCGACGUGGUGAGGAAGGUUAUCCUCAGCGCCGCGGCGAACGCGACGAACAACCACGAUCUCGAUCGCGAUAAGCUCUUCGUCGCCGAGGCGGUGGUUGGCAAAGGGACGUUUCUGCCGAGGGUGAGCAUCCACGGCCGGGGCCGCGCCGGGAAGAUGCACAGACCGCGUUCGCACGUCACGAUCGUGGUGGAGGAG